AUGUACCAAAAUGGGGAGAGAAACUCACUGGCUCACAGGGAAGGAGUGAACCAGGACUGUAAGACUGAUUCAGGAAACAACAAGCCUGAACGGCUACCCAACGACACGGGCCUGGAGACAAACCCCUCCCCUCCACCCAGCAGUAGGUCUUCCAUUAAGGAUCAAACUGGAUGUGAGGGGCGGAAAUGCAAUGUAUCACUGCCAAUUGCACACAUCGUAGGGAAGGCUGGUCGAUCUGGAUUGGUUUGGGAUGACUCCUCACUCGAGUCCACCCGGGUGAAGAUGGGAUUCGAGAACGAUGCGAUUGUUAUCGAGGAGUCGGGUUUUUACUACGUUUAUUCCCAGGUGGCGUUUGUCGGCACGAACUGCAGUAAAGAAUCCCUGGUCCUGGAGAACAGGCUGCUCUACAAACUACCCAACUACGACCAGGAGCACCCACAGGAACUGCUGGAGGUCACCGAGUCGGUGUGUGAGGGGAACACUCACCUGGUGAAAUGGCAGCGGUCCCUCCGCCAGGGAGGGGUCUUCAAUCUCAAGGCGCAGACCCUCCUCUCGGUCAAGAUCAUUCCCAGGGACAAGGCCGAGAUGGAGCAUCACAAGACUUACUUCGGAGCCUUUAAACUGCAGUGA